GGGGGCGGGACCGCGACGCCGGCGGGCCCGGGCGCCCGGGGCGGGGACGGCGGGCGGCGACCGCGAAGGCGCGAGCCCCGGCGCGCGGACGCUGCGUUUUGGCGGGGUGGGCGACGUCUGGGGUCUGAGGUGAAAGGUUUGAGGGGAGAGAGGGGAAGGCAGACUGGGGCGGACGGAGGGGCGGUGCUUCGCUGAGUCUGAGAUGAGGAGGAUUAGGAGAGAAAGGGUUAGAAGCCAGAGAGUGGAGUGAGAAAGGAGCCCAGGCUGGCCCAGGGAUGAGGUUAGGAAGCCCGGGGCUGGGAAGAGGGAUCCGGGGUCAGGGCUAGGAGCAGGGGUCUGGAAGAGGCAAGGCUUGGCAGGUGGGAGGUGUUGGGGUGAGGGGUGCCAGGGGCAGAAGAGUUGCAAGUGGAACACAAGGAAGGAGCGGAGCCGGAGCUUGGAGCUGGGGUAGUAGUUGGGAGUAGAGGAGAGUGAUUAAGAGCCAGACGUGACAAGGGUGUGAACUAGUGCAGAGCUGGGGAUGAGCUGCAGGGCUGGGAGCCGCUGGGGUGGGAUCGACAAGGUGUGGGUCAGUAGCUGGUGAGGUGUAAAUUCUGUAAAGUGAGGGAGACAGAUCUGGAUCACAACCAGGUGGAAUCAAGAAUCGAAGCGUUAGUGGAAGGGCUAAAGGGAAGCGAGCUGAGAGCUGGGCGUUAAUAGGACAGUUCUUGGAGAAAGAGAAAAACGCUGAAAGGACGCUAGAAGCAGGGUGGAAGAAUGAUGGUGAGCUGGGACGGGGAAACUGGGGAAUUGUUUAUUGAAGAGGUUCAGCAAGAUAAAGAUAGUAGAGUCAAAAGACUGGAUGAAAGGCAACCCGAGGAGAUGAGCAACGAAGAGAUGGGCCCUGGGAAUUAAAGGAUGGGAUGGGGAGUUGGGGAAGAGAAAAAAGAUUAAGGGAUGCUAGGGGAGUCCUGGUGGGUAUAGAACUGGGGUGGGCUGCACAGGCGUGGGAACCGAAUAUUUUGCCCUGGGGUGCCCCGGAAGGUCUGGAAGGGGCAGGGAACAAACGCUGUAGUGAAGGAUCCAAUGUAGGGAGCCUUUGGUGCAGAAGAUAAGGAACCAUGGUAACAGAGAAGAAGAAAGGCAGCCAGUGAUUGUGUGAGAAUAUGGAAGACGGUGGGAGCAGCUUGUUUAAUGGAUUAAGAAAGUGGCGACUGCGCUAAAACAUGGAUAGAUGCAAACAUGUAGGGCGAUUACGGCUCGCCCAGGACCACUCCAUCCUGAACCCCCAGAAGUGGUGCUGUCUGGAGUGCGCCACCACCGAGUCUGCGUGGGCCUGCCUCAAGUGCUCGCACGUGGCCUGCGGCCGCUACAUUGAAGACCAUGCACUAAAACACUUUGAAGAGACCGGACACCCGCUGGCCAUGGAGGUCCGGGAUCUCUACGUGUUCUGCUACCUGUGCAAGGACUACGUGCUCAAUGACAACCCCGAAGGGGACCUGAAGUUGCUGAGAAGCUCCCUCCUGGCGGUUCGAGGCCAGAAGCAGGACCUGCCCGCUAGGCAUGGGCGGACGCUGCGGUCCACAGCUGCAGGCGAGGACGUGGUCCCGCCACAGCGCACUCCUCAGGGACAGCCGCAGAUGCUCACAGCUCUGUGGUACCGGCGCCAGCGCCUGCUGGCCAAGACGCUGCGGCUCUGGUUCGAGAGGAGCUCCCGCGGCCGGGCGCAGCUGGAGCAGCGGCGGCAGGAGGAAGCGCUGGAGCGCAAGAAGGAGGCGGCGCGGCAGCGGCGGCGCGAGGUCAAGCGGCGACUGCUGGAGGAGCUGGCCACCGCGCCGCCGCGGAAGAGUGCGCGCCUGCUCCUGCACGCUCCCGGGCCCGUGGCCGUGCGCCCUGCCACCCUCGCUACCUCCCGGCGCAUGUCCGCGGCUGCCCUCAAGCCGCGCCGCCAGCCGGCGGUGGCCCCAGGUGUCACCGGCCUACGCAACCUGGGUAACACCUGCUACAUGAACUCCAUCCUACAGGUGCUCAGCCACCUCCAGAAGUUCCGGGAAUGUUUCCUGAACCUCGACCCUUCCACCUCCGAGCACCUGUUUCCCCAAGCAACCAACGGGAAGGCUCAGCUCUCUGGUAGGCCAGCCAGCAGCUCUGCCGCCGACUUGUCAGUAAGGAGUGUACGGGCCCAGGGGUGCGAACCUCGGGGUCUGUGCUGGAGCAGCGGACCCUCCAUCAGCAGGAGCCUGGAGCUCAUUCAGAACAAGGAACCCAGCUCAAAGCACAUUUCCCUCUGCCACGAACUGCACACCCUCUUCCGAGUCAUGUGGUCUGGGAAGUGGGCGCUGGUGUCACCCUUUGCCAUGCUUCACUCCGUGUGGAGCCUGAUUCCAGCCUUCCGUGGCUACGACCAGCAGGAUGCGCAGGAAUUUCUCUGCGAACUGCUGCACAAGGUGCAGCAGGAACUUGAGUCUGAGGGCUCCACUCGCCGGAUCCUCAUCCCCUUCUCCCAGAGGAAGCUCACCAAACAGGUCUUAAAGGUGGUGAACACCAUAUUUCAUGGGCAGCUGCUCAGUCAGGUCACAUGUAUAUCAUGCAAUUAUAAAUCCAAUACCAUUGAGCCCUUUUGGGAUCUGUCCCUGGAAUUCCCUGAACGAUACCACUGCAUAGAAAAGGGGUUUGUCCCUUUGAAUCAGACAGAGUGCCUGCUCACAGAGAUGCUAGCCAAGUUCACCGAGACAGAGGCCCUGGAGGGGAGAAUCUACGCUUGUGACCAGUGUAACAGCAAACGACGAAAGUCCAACCCCAAACCCCUUGUUCUGAGUGAAGCUAGAAAGCAGUUAAUGAUCUACAGACUACCUCAGGUCCUCCGGCUACACCUUAAAAGAUUCAGGUGGUCUGGUCGUAACCAUCGUGAGAAGAUUGGGGUACAUGUCGUCUUUGACCAGGUAUUAACCAUGGAACCUUACUGCUGCAGGGACACGCUCUCCUCUCUUGACAAAGAGACCUUUGCCUAUGAUCUCUCCGCAGUGGUCAUGCAUCACGGGAAAGGGUUUGGCUCAGGACACUACACAGCCUAUUGCUACAACACGGAGGGAGGUUUUUGGGUCCACUGCAAUGACUCAAAGCUGGAUGUAUGCAGUGUCGAGGAAGUGUGCAAAACCCAGGCCUACAUUCUUUUUUAUACUCGAAGAACAGUUCAGGGCAGUGCAAAACUCUCAGAACCCCAUCUCCGAGCUCAGGUGCACUCCAGCAGCAAGGACGAACGCAGAACAUACACACUGCCCUGACUGGGAGGCAAGCAUCAAAAUGGCCUCCAGUUCCCCUCUUGGGUUUGCCACAGUAACAGUUCCUGGGUUUGCCUCACUGGGUCUAGGGGAGACAAUGCCCUGUGAUUCCUGCUCUGUCAAAAAAAUUGGUAGUCACUUUCUUGUGAAACCAUGCAAAUCCUCCUUUCAUAAAACAAUGUAAAGGGGUAGCUUGUAUGAAGAUUGCUUUGUCAAUUGUCUGAUAACAGAGAUCUGGGUAGAGGAGAGGGUAAGUCAUCAGCCGACCAGGAGAGCAACCACGUCUGUCUCUGUCAUGAGUUCCCUACUAAUCAGGCCCUUCCCGAAGCACUGCACAGUACAUGAGGGCCCUGGGCUGACAGCUGGUGGGAAAGACUGGUUCCAACUCGGAAGGUGAAGCACAGGAGUUAUUCACACUAAGAAGGUAAUCAUCAAGGGGCAUAGCUUGCAGACUUCCCCCAUGCCAAAGGGAAGCCUGUCUGUCACAGCUCGGCUUCUCUUGAGCUGCUGUCACCUUGUCACUCCACACAGUGAGGCUGAGGCUUGAGCCACUCCUUCCUUCAGAAAAGGCAGUCAGAAGGACACAUAGACCUGUGUGUGCAUGGUCUACAUGUGGUAAGCCGUGGACACUCCUGACUUCCCCAGUCCUGUAGCAAGACCUGGGCUUAAGAGUCAUGGUUUGACUUGGAUCAGUUUUUGGGUCAGUUGUCAGAAGCCUUCUGAGAAUGCAGUGAAGGUGAGCUGGGCUUGUCUGAGGCUGCAGCCUCUAAGGUCUCACCUUGUGUGGCAUGAAGCUUCCUUCCUGCCCUAGAACAUCAGUGUUCGUGUGUGAGCAGUGCUUCGGGCUUGCCUGUUCUAUCCCCGUGUGCUGUGUAUUCGCCUGCUGCUUCGUCCAUGAGGAAUAGAGCAAGGCUCCAUCUCUUACUCUGGUAUUAAUAAACACAUCUCUAAAAUUCACUCCAUCGCUGAGGGAUUCGGGUGCUCAGAGCCUGUCCCUACGGGCACAGUAAGCUGCUUUCUCUUUGCAGUGGCUCCUGCAGUGCCCCCACAGCCUCCCCAUGAAUGCUCUCUCUUGGUUAAGUAGCUCCUGUUAAUGUUUGAACUCAGGCAGAGCAGUUGUCACUUGAUGGGGGUUCUAGAGGUGUGGAACAGAGAUGGAGAGGCUGAAGGACGCACUGCCACACUUCCAGGCACAUCUGUGGUAUUUACUGAUGCUCUCCUUUGAGGUGAACUCUCCUGUAGGCCUGCCAGACUUCAGGGAUGUGGAAGAAAUCAGAAAGUGGCUCAUCCUGACAGGGAUGGUGUGCUAGAUUCAAACUUGCUUUUUUACAACACUGUGUGGUUUCUGUAAUAUUUAGCUUUUAUUUGGAAGCGAUAACGUAAGGCAUUUUUGUGCUGUUUGGUUUUUACUGUCUGUUGCAGGCUUCGUUGUGAGCUUUGCUUGGGUUCCCCCUCUUCUGGACACUGUUUGAAGGUGUCCUGGUUGCCCACACUGCCUGAGGUUCUGAGGUAAAGCUGUACCCCUUCAGGGAGGUCUAUAUUACUAAGACGGCAUGACAGUGAUGAUUCAUUACCACCGUAGGAAAGCCCAUUACAAAAAAAAAGCCAUGUGUGCUACUCCAGCCCUGUAAAGCCAGCACUUGUUAGGCUGAGCAGGAAGAUCAUGAGUUUGAAGCUACACUGUGAGGCCCUGUUUGAAAGACAAAACCAACAAACUAUUGGGAUGAAAAAGGGAGAUAAGACUGGAUUGUACCUCACCUGAAACCCCAUGUUGUUUAUUCUAGAAAGAGAACUUGCAGGCAGAGACUACAGAUCUGCCUGUCAAGAGGGGAAACACAUUAAUCAAUAUAAACACUUACAGGAACAUUAAAGGAUUCUUACUCAAUUUUUAAAAAUAGUUUUAUAGCAGCUAUCAGCAGGACUGGUAAGCAGAUUAGGGACUUUAUAAAAACAAAUGCUUAGCUGACCUGAACACCCACAUAUGAGAUUAGUAAAAUCACUUAGCCUGCACUGAGCCACCCUCAUGAAGAUGCCACUGCAAGCACAGACAACACCUCAGCUCCCGAAGCAUUAUCGAGAGUCAGGGAUGUGGUGCUUAAGGAGACCUCUGCCGCAGAAGAGCUGUGCGAGGAGGGUCAGGGCUGCUGUGGUGCCUGCACAGCUAAAGCAGAGCACUGUCAGAGAAACAUCCUAAAAACAAAGGACAGACAGACCCCGACUAGCUGACUCCAGGACAAACCCCAGUGCUGCUCUCCCGGCUGCAGUCUCUGUCUGAACCCUUUGUGAUUGGCUGGUGUGUUUACUUACUGCUGUAACCAGCCAAGGUGCAUACACCCCAGCCCUCAAAGAUGACUUCUUACCUCAGUCUAGCCUGCCCUCCAAGAGCAGCACCCAUUUCUAGUGCAAAACCAGCAGGGAUACCCUUGGCACCAGGAACUGCAGCUCUCAUCCCAUGGCAGGCAGAGCUCUUGCCAGCUUUAAUCCAGCCCCUCUGGCUGAGAUGGGAGGACACCACCACAUAGUAAAGAACCUUUAGAUGUCUCUUAAAACAUCAAGAAUAAAAUUGGAAACUGUAGAAGAGUUAACGUGUCCUAUGGACUCAAUAGCAGAGUUUAUUUUUGUUAACAGUGGCAAGGCCUCUUGAGUCCAUGAUUGUAUGAGGUCCCUGUUCUGGCUAUGCCUUCAGCUCCAUCCACAUUCAGGGAAAGAACCAAUGAGGUGGACUGGCCGGUGGUGCCCAAGUAAGCCGAGGUCCAUGGUGAAGAAUGAAAACUUGGGGGGUGGGGGGAUAUCUGAAAUUUGUUUUACUGAUAAAGCUUUGUGAACUAAUUUUCUACAAUUCAUAAAAUUUGGUGCCUUGUACUUGAUUGUGGUUUGCAUGAGAGUUAAGGGGAGGGCUCCUUUCUGUUAUGUCAAGUGGCAGAUGGCUCUGUAGUGUUUAAAGCAUACGUGCUAUCAGAUUUUUAGAGCAUUCCUUUCUUUCUCUUAUGUACGAAUGUAAAUUGCUCUUACCAGCAAGUUCUAGAGUUUUAAUGUCCAAAUUGUAUUUGUAAUCAAUCAUUGAUCAAAUGUCUGACUACCACUGUUGUUCAUUGCCUCUUGUGCAUGCCUAACAUCAAUGCCGGCCUUUGCUGGAAGGUGAGCCUUUCUUGAAUGUCUGUCACAUCCCUAUGUGGGGUUCUGGAAGGUGAGCCUUUCUUGAAUGUCUGUCACAUCCUUAUGUGGGGCUGCAGCUUAUGUGUGCGAGGGUUCCCGGUUAGUUGGGAGAGCACAAAUGAUCAGAAAAGGCUUUCUCUAAAUCACAAUGAAGCUAGGUGACCAAUGGCAGUAGAGUCUGUAUUAACUCUGGGGUCUUCUGCAUGAACCAUCAGGAAGCAGUGGUACAGCAAUGCCCACAUAUGAACCUUCAGACUGUAAGACAAGCCACUGUGUAAUACGCAGUGAAUCAUGGAGAAAUGACCCCUGUCUCCACCACCCUCGACAUUCCCUGGGCAAAUGACAACUGGGACAGUGCUGAGUGGCUGAGGAAGGUGGGGAGACUCAAGUGUGUUCCGUCAGGGUGGGUCCAGCCAGUUCUUUCAGUCCAAGCUUAAAGUUUCUACUGAACUUGUGAGACUUCACCGAGUGGUCAUGAACUUACCAUUCAAAGCACUCUCGGUAACUGGGUCCCGCAGCUUCAUUCCUAGACUAAUUAGGUAAAGAGUUUUAUCUUUGGGGUGAAAUUUUCUAGGGUCACUUGAUUUUCUUGUCAGCUAAGUGUGGGUCUUGCAUGUGGCUCUUUUUGUCAGUACUAAAGCUGAAAAGCGCCUUCUCAGGACUGUGAAUGCUCUCAGGACUGUGAAUCUCUCUUCUCCAUUCCUCUCUGCUCUCAAUCCAGGUCUGUCACUUUAACUUGAUGUAUCUGUCAACCCGUGUUCCACUCUAACUACACCAAGGCUCAGUAGCUAUGUAGUGAGGGGUCACUUUGUGAGACCUGUCCAUGCUUAAGUUGGUAUCCUUUACUUAAAAUACAACUAGCAGCUGGGGGAAUGGCUCAUUGCUAGAGCACUUAGCACUUGAAGCCCUGGGUUUCACCCAGCUCCACUAAACCAGCUUAAAUGAAACUGCCCAACCAGCAUUAUGGAUUCAAAGAACAACAGUAAAGUUACUUGGAAUUAAACCUUAGAUUCUGAAUGAAACUUCAAUUAAGCUCUGAAAGCUGUCCUGUCUUAAGUCUUUGUAGAGUCUGGGUUGUUUUUUUUGUUUUGUUUUGUUUUUUUUUGGGGGGGGGGGCAGGAGGAGGCAGGGUUUCAAGACAGGGUUUCUCUGUGUAGCCCUGGCUGUCCUAGAACUCACUCUGUAGACCAGGCUGGCCUCGAACUCAGAAAUCUGCCUGCCUCUGCCUCCCAAGUGCCGGGAUUAAAGGCAUAAACCACCACCGCCCGGCUAGUCUGGUUUCUAACUUAAAUCUUUUCAUUAACUACUCAAUUAUAGGGUCAUAGCACACUUUAAGGUUUUAUUCUUCCAAAAAUCAGGUUCUCUUUCCUAGCGUAGCCAAGGUCAUGUGGGUUUUAAAUCUAACACACAGCCUACAAGGCUGCUUCCUGGUCACCUUUUGGGACCCUGCAAGUGAUGCUUCAAAUGGAAGCCUUGUCCUUGUGUUCAUACUUAAGACCCUAGCUCUCCAGCCCCGUUUUUUUAAAAAAGGCAGUUUCACUGUGUAGCCCUGGCUAACCUGGAACUCAGUAUGUAGAAUAGGCUGGUCUUAGAAAUCCAUAUGCCUCUGGGAUUGAGUGUGUGCUACCAGGCCUCCAGCCUGUCUUCCUUUCUUCAGGGUAAAUUCUAGGUCUGAGUUCACUCAUAGGGUGUUUCUCCUAGCCAUCCACCACACAGGUUCUACCUGCUAAACAUACACAAGAAAAUGGCAGUCCUCGUCCUAUCCAUGGCUAGGCAUAUAGCUCAGAGUGCUUGCAUAGCACACAGAAAGCCCAGAGUUUGCUACUAGCACCACAUAAACCCAGACAUAGUAAAACCUUUAAUCCUAGUCUGUACCUGUCAGCCUAAGAGUCUGUUCACGGCCAUCUUCAACUAUGUAGCCUGGGCUACAGACCCUGUCCCCCCCAAAAAACAAAAGCCAUGUUUAAUUGUGCGCCCUUCCCCCAGUUAUUUUGUGGAGAUCAAACUGAAGCCUUUUCUGCAAUGAGCUAUACUCUAGGCCCGCAGAGAACUGACCGCAUGAGAUAUGUGGCAGCAGAUCCAGGAGAGCUGCUGUGUCCUUUCCUUUAGUGGACUACAAUAAGUAACAGCUUACUAGUCAUGCAGCUGUGGUCCAGACACACUAAUCCUUUCCUACUCAUGCUCUGUAACCCAUGACCAGUCCAAAGGGGUUGGCACAUAAAAAGCAGUUUUAAAAUACCCAAUAAAUUGACUAAAUGAAACCAUGGAGACCCCGUCUCUAGCGCCACCUGGUUCCCCAGUGCAGGAGUCUUCCCAUGCUGGCUCUUGCAUGCGUGGAAGAACACAGACAGCAGCACCAGUGUGAAUCUCGAGUAGGAAGCGCCUUUCUUGAAGGAAGCUGCUUCCUUCUGCUCACUGACACAUUUGCCUCCACCCAUACAUCACUGUCCUCUCCUGCCACCAAAUCUCACUCUGUUCCAACAACAAUGCCUCCCUGGUACCUGGCAAACUAAAACACCAACCACCACCACCUUCCUCCAGGACUCAACAGUAGGCGUGGGUGGUUCCGUUCCCAUUUCAUCUCCACUGCACAUGUUUGGGGCUCAUUCCUGUCUCUUGAGUGUGAAAUACAAGUCAUUUUUAUUUGUUUUUUUGUAAACUGACUUUUUACACCUUGUUUUUGUAAGAAGUUUCUUAUUAAAAGAAUAAAACACC